CUGAAAGCCCAGUCACGCUGUAGGAGCGAAAAUUUUGCUAAUUUCGCGAAAAUUGUUAAAAAAGUGUUCGAAACAACUGGAAAAUAUCAUAAAAAUAUGAAUAAUAGUAAUUUGAACUGAAAGCAAUAGGAAAAACACAUUGCAAAGGCGUUUAGCCCCGAAAAACAGACACUCAAGGGUACAAGACGCACAACAUGGCGCCGACACCGCUGCCGCUGGAGCAAAUGGCCGGCGUUGGUGGCUACCUGCCAGCUGGCCAGGAAGGCGGACCGCGCAUCAACACCAUGUCCAUGUCGGUGCUGAUCGAUUUCAUCAUCCAACGCACAUACCACGAAUUGACGGUGCUGGCCGAACUGCUUCCGAGAAAGACUGACAUGGAGCGCAAGAUUGAAAUCUAUAACUAUGCAGCCCGCACACGGCACUUGUUCACUCGCCUCAAUGCGCUGGUCAAGUGGGGUAACUCGGUCUCCAAAGUUGACAAAUCGUCGCAGAUCAUGAGCUUCCUGGACAAACAGAACAUGCUGUUCGUGGAGACGGCAGAUAUGUUGGCCCGCAUGUCGCGGGAGACGCUGGUGCGCGCCCGCUUGCCCAACUUUCACAUUCCCGCUGCCGUUGAGGUGCUCACAACGGGCACCUACAACCGCCUGCCGACCUGCAUACGCGAGAGAAUUGUGCCCGCGGAUGCCAUCACGCCGGCAGAGAAGAAGCAGACCCUGUUGCGCCUCAAUCAGGUGAUUCAGCAUCGCUUGGUCACAGGCAAACUGUUGCCGCAGAUGCGUGAAUUCCGCAUCAAGAACGGACGCGUUACUUUCGAAGUGAAGCACGAGUUCAGUGUGGCUCUGACGGUUAUGGGCGACAGCCAGAGUGUUCCCUGGCGUCUGUUGGACAUUGAUGUGCUCGUAGAAGACAAAGAGACGGGAGAUGGUAAAUCCCUUGUGCAUCCUCUGCAAGUGAACUACAUCCAUCAGCUGAUCCAAGCGCGUCUGGUGGAGAAUCCCAAUGCCCUGAGCGAGGUCUACAACUGUCUGCACUACUUCUGCCAGUCGCUGCAGCUGGAGGUGCUCUACACCCAGACUCUCCGCCUCAACUACGAGCGGCUGGACGACAACAACAUCACCGUGGAGGAGUACGUGCCGGGCGUUAAGCUGACCGUCUCCUACUGGCGGGACCUGAAGUCGGAGCUGGGCUAUCGUCUCACCGUUCAGUCGGACCCCAGUGAGAUUGGCCGUCCGCUGGCCGUGGUGCAUGUGCCCUCGCUGGGCGCCAAGGAGUCGGCGGAGGUGGCCGAUCGCGCUGUUCGGUCCGAGCAUCUCUCGAUGGAGCGACUGAUUGUGCACACGGUGUACAUACGAUCCGUGUCCAGGCUGAGCGACUUGAAGCUGGAGUUCCAGGCCUUCCUCAAGGAUGUUGACUUUAAUCUCCAGGGCACUCCAGCUAUCCUCACGGUGCCUGUGCUCUCGCCCUGCCUGCGAGCGGAGCAAAUCCACAUUACCAUCGACACGCACACGGGCAUGUUCCGCUGCCACGUGCCCAAGCACUUGGACUGUCCCAUCACGGAGGAGAUGCAGGAAGCCUUGAACACGGAUCGCAGUAAGCUGCCGUCGCUGCUCUCGGAGCUGCGCUUUUGGAUCACUCAUCGUCGGUGCGAGAAGACGCUGCAGCAUCUGCCGGCCACGGCAGUCGACACGCUGACCUUCCUCACGCUGCCCGAGCAGGAGCUGCUGCAGCAGGGUCGCCACAAGAUAUACGUGAAGCUGCACAGGCAUCCCAAUAUAAUUCUGGUGGUUCAGUUAAAGGAGAAGCCAACGAUGGCCAACGAAAUGGAAUACACAUUCCACUUGGGCUUUGUGGCCUUUCAGAAGGAUGAGGCUGACGUUAUAGAUGACUCUGCCAAGCAACUGGUGUCCGUGGUGGCACAGCCACCAUCGGAUAUUCCCAAAUUCUUCACUAAACUGAUGCGUCUCAUUGAGUUUGACACAUUUGUGGCCACCCAUGGUCCCGGCACUGAGGUGGAUGCGGAGGUUUCUCCACACAAACGCAAAUCUACUGGCGAUAUUCUAGCGCCCCCAGCCAAGCAGCAAAAGACAAUAUUCCCCGCGUACUUCAUACCCGAACUGGCCCACGUGGUGGCCAUGUGCGAUGAGAAGAUUCCGUUUAUGAAUCUAGCCCAGACCCUGUCCAAGCACAAUAUUCCGCACAGCGGCCUGCAGGUGGAGGCGAAUGCCACAUCGUUGGUGCUGAAGAUUCUGGCACUGCCACAGCCAGGAAAAUCGACCACUGCAACGGGCCAACAGGCGCAGACGGGACCUGCCGCUGCUGCUAAUGCCGCUGCAGCCGAGACCAAGCCACAGCCGCUGAGCGGCUCCUCGGCUUUCCCCAAGAUCGAACCACAUGUCUGGGAUGAUCUAAUGCGGCGCGUGCUCUCCAUUUCGGUGCGCUCGCAGACGAACAAGAACAGCCAAGUGAGGAUUUGGGUGGUGGAGUUUGUCUUUUACAGCACACCGCUGCAGAGCUGCCAUCCCAAGGAGCAGGGCAGCCGGCGCACCGUUUACUUAACCUACGAACAGGCCAAUCACGACUUCUCGAAGACAGUUGAGGAACUGCUGAACGACUGGUCCAAGAUUGUGUACCUCUACACGCUGGUCCAUGACUUUGCGGAGCAGCUGAAGAACAAGCGCCUUCCUCUCUGUGACAUGCUGGUGGUAAAGUCGUACAGCUAUAUGAAUCUACUGCUGGGUUAUGGCCCCAAGAAGGAGGUUAGCUGCAAUAUCUACUGGUCCGUGCAGUCGCACGGCUUCCGUUUGACCUUCGUGGGUGGCAUGUCGGCGGUGAAUGCGCACUCAAUGAUGCGGGACCAGUUGGCACAGCAUUUGAACCAGCACCACAGCCUCACGCAGAUUGCACAGAUCCUGCACGAGACAUACUAUCCCAUGAGCUCGAUUGCCAAGCUGCCAGUGCUGCCUUUCCUGGGGAUUCCUCGCCCACAGGUGCCCGUGCUCUCGUUCUGCAUGCUGGCACAGUCGCCCUGCCUCAUGCGUCUGACCUACCAGGCGGUGUACUGCUUGGAGCUGCGCUUCCGUGCCAAUCGUCUGCUGUCCAUUCGAGACGGAGCCAGCAGUCGUUUCGAGCGGAACAUAAUAGAGGAGUUCACGCCCAUCCAAGGACUGAAGGCGUUCCUGUCCAAGUACGUAGAUGAAUCGGCAGCGUAUCGUGGACGGGCGCCACACGAGGACGACAAUCCGCUGUCGCCCAUGGGCAUGGAGGAUAACUAUGGCGGUCCCAGCAGUGUGACGGGUGUGAGCGCUGGCGGCUCGUCGCCGUUCCUGGGCGCUGGCAUGCGUGGGCCACAGUCGCCGAGGGACAGUGGAUUGCGCUUCCCCGCGCCGCACACUCCGCCAUCUAGCUCCAAUCCGCACACACCCGCCAGCCCACAUCCGAGCGCGGGCGGAGGAGGCGCUGCGCAGAGUCAUGGAAACUUUAACCUGACUUCACCGCCGGCUCCGCAUAUGCCGCAUCCUUCGCCGGGCGGACUGAUGCCUUCGUCGCCACUUAAUCCGCAGCCAAGUCCCCACAUGGUGCACAGUCCAGGGCCCAAUACGAUGUACAUGCAGAGCCACCAGGAUUCGCCCUUCACAGCCAUGUCGCCGGCGAACAACCAAUGGCCAGGAUCUCCAAGCAUGCCACGUCCCUCGCCACGGCCCGGACAGAGCCCGGAGCACAAGAGCACGGGAGGUGGCAGCGUAGGGGCAGGCGGGCCAGAUCGUGGAGGAGCCAGGGGCACCCUCAACCGACCCUGGGCUGGUGCCACGCCCACUCUGCUCACCCACGAAGCCUUGGAAACCCUCUGCCGGCCCAGUCCGCACCCGAACAAGGAUAUCAAUGUGACUGACAUGAGCCCGCUGGAGCGCUUCCUCGGCUGCGUCUACAUGCGCCGGCAGCUGCAUCGCAACAUCCAGAGCGAGGAGUCACUGACGGCGCUUAACUCCACGGAGCCUGGAGUGGUGCUGUUCAAGGUGGACGGUCUGCAGUGCCAGGUGAUGCUCAACCAGAUGCACAUGCAGACGCUGCACCUGAAGAUCACCCAACUGCCGCCGCCGCCCGACAAGCCCACAUUCCAGCUGAGUCCCGACGAUCUCCUGGUGAUCGAGCAGUACUUCGACACCCGAGUGGCUGCGCCGCCUUAUCGCCCAAACUCUCUGCACAGCAUCUGCCGGCUGCUGAACCUGCCCGCCCAAGUGCUCAAGGAUUUCGUGCAGAUCAUGAGACUGGAACUGAAGCCAGAGUUUGGCGGGGAUCAGCUCAAGUGGACGGUGCAGAUGUGCAUGCGAAUGCCGCCGUCGGCGGUGCCCAUUGUGCCCAGCGGCAAUGCCUGCGUGGUGCUGGGCAGGAUGAAGAUAUUGUUCUUCCUGCAGAUCACCAAGAUCCCGUACAAUGGCAAGGACUGGAAGGACAGCCCCUCGCUGGUGCUGCCCAUCGUCUACGACAUUACAACGAACCUCACCCAAAUGGCCGAGCGCAGAGAGCAGGUGCCCUCGCCCAUGAUGACUGCAGCCAGCACACUCCUGCGCCGCUUUGCCGAGUUCAAUUCGCAGCAGAAUCAGUGCUCGCUCUUCCCGGCCAUCACGGAUCUGCUAACGAAUCUGCAGCUGGCCACGGACAUGCCACAGCCGCCGCCCAAUCAGGCCAUUGGACCACCUGUGGGUGUCGGCGUCGGUGUGGGAGUUGGCGUCGGCGUUGUUGGCUCCAGCCCGAAUCCCAUGAUGCCAAUGCAGCAGCUACAGCCCCAAGUGGGACCACAAGGACAGGUUGGCCCUGGCGGCUACCCACAGCUUGGCCCAAAUCCCGGCGGUCCGCAGUGAUGAAGGCGUAAGCGCCGUGCCUCCUCACUCAUGCCGUGAGCAGACACCAGAAACGGCGACCAACCCGAACCCGAAACCGAACUGCUGCACAUCUAAUUUAUUCGACAAAGAAAAACCUAUUUUAUAAGCAGAGAAGAGCACUCAAGCUGUGCAGUUUAUUGUGCACUUCCCCCAGGCAAAACCGCACACCGUACACCAUUUACUCUUUAAUCUAUAAUUCGAUAUUGAUAUUUGUAAAGUGGCACGAGAAAACCUGUUUAUACGCAUCGUAAAAUAAUAUUUAUUUCCUGUGAUCGCUCCCGGGAGGAUCCACAUAUGCAGACUCCUGGCAGCGAACGGAAAUGUUGAUACUGAUCAAGAAAUGUAAA